AUGGCAGCAAGGCUUCUCAUCCCCCUCCUCGUCGUCCUCCUUGCCGGCUCCCACGCGGCGCUCGCCUCCUCCACCGUGGAGCAGACGUGCGCGAACGCGACGAAGGGAUCGGAACGCAGGGACCUGGACGCCUUCUGCGUGACGACGCUCCAGGCGGCGCCGGGGAGCGCCACCGCGGACGCGCACGGGCUGGCCGUGAUCGCCACGAACCUGACGCUGGCCAACUACACGGCGGCGGUGGCCACGAUCAAGGCCCUGCAGCGGCGCGGGGGCUGGACGGACGGGCAGCUGGCGGCGCUGGCCACGUGCCGGCAGCGGUACAUCGAGGCGCUGAACGUGGUGCACAGCGCCGUCCACGCGCUGGCCACGGGGCGGAAGCAGGCGUACGUGGCCGACAUGGGCGCCGUCAGGAGGGCCGCCACCGACUGCGACGACGCGUUCGCCGGCGCGCGUGGCGCCGCGGCCGCGGGUAAGAAGGAUGAGUCGCCGCUGGGCAAGGUAAACGCCGACGCCGUGGACCUGACCACCGUGGCCAUGCUGAUCGUGAUCUCGUUGUAG